AUGACCGCGCAAGGUAACGAUGUAGAGCCGGACAAGCUGGAUAUACAGCUGUCGAACAUGGAUGUGAGUGAAAAUUUCUUUGAAGAUCUCAAAACUGUGUCAUCAGUCCUUUUUAAGAAAGCCGUUGAGCCGUCUAAUCCGUCUGACGAAGAGGAAGUAGAACCGGUUCAACUAAAGGUGUACACGCGAAGAUGGGUGAUUCUUACCGUGGUCGCAUUGCUGAAUAACACCAACACUAUGUCAUGGAUUGCUUUUGCUCCUGUGUCGAACUACGUCAAUAGCUUCUAUGGCGAGAAUAGUGCAGCAUGGUUUUCCAUGGUGUACAUGAUCUGUACAAUACCAGUUGGCUUCUUCGCAAUGUGGGCGGGUCGUCGUUUUGGCUUACGGAGUGCUAUAUUGAUUGCAGGAUGGACCAAUGGUAUUGGUGGACUGAUCCGCUUAUCUAGUUCAUUCCUUCCUCCGCAAUAUCGCUUCCCGAUUGGAAUCACCGGACAGGCGAUUGCUGCAAUUGCUUAUCCUUUUAUCAUGUUCCUUCCAACAAAGGUGGCUGGCUCGUGGUUUCCCGAUACUCAGCGUGGUAUAGCAACAACCAUCGGUGUGAUGUCCAAUCCAUUAGGAGUGCUUUUAGCCAACGUGAUAAGCCCUCAAAUGGUCCGUGCCCCACAGCACGUCGUGUACCUCAAUAUUUUCACGUUUGUUCCUGCUGCUGCUGCCAUGUUACUCGCAACGGUUGCAGUCAAGCGUAGUGAACCGAAGAUACCACCAACAUUUAGCGCCAGUAAGCCUCAGAUGGAAUUUCUCCCUGGGCUCAAGGCAUGCAUGAUGUCGAAGCAAUAUCUAAUCCUAUUCAUCGUCAUGGGUGGUGGAAUCGGCAUGUUCAACUGUCUUUAUACCAUUAUGCAGGAACUCCUCUGUCCGUCCGGGUACUCGAAUUCGUUUGUCGGUUUAUGUGCUGCACUCAUGAUUAUCGGCGGAAUCGUCGGAGCUGCUGGAAGUGGCAUUUUUGUGGACCGCACAAAAAUGUAUGAAGAAACCAUGAAAGUAUCCAUGGGACUUGCCGUUGUGUUCGGCUUGAUUUUUAUGCAGCUUACCCUCCAUACGAAUUUUGCACCUCUCUUGGCUUUAACUUGCGUGCUGUUUGGAAUAUUUGGAUUGGCAACCUAUCCCGUUGGUCUCGAGCUUUCAGCCGAAUGUACAUUUCCUGUAUCAGAGGCUACGUCAACAGGGCUCAUCGUUCUUUCUGGUCAGGUACAAAGUGUCCUUUAUGUGCUGAUUAUGAAGCAGUUCGCUCGUCCGCUUCAACCGGAACGUAUGGCUCACCAGGUCUGCACCCUCGAUGUAAUGGACAAAAUGAAUCAGCCUAAGGAUAAUACUCAAGCUGUCAUGGUAUUUUCCCUUUUGGCGGCACUACUUGUUCUGGUACUUGUUAUACUUUUCAAGCCAGUCUACCGCCGUAUAGAAGCAGAAAAGGAGAACAGAGCUCGUAUUGACAAAGAGAAGGAGGCACGAAUGAAUGACCAAAAGAUAACUCUCCCUCGUGAGACAGUCACUCAGCCAUUGAAUAAGGCAGAAAACGUUUAG